AUGUGCGCACAAGACGACGACCACGAGAGCUCACUCCCACACGCCUCGCCUGCUCGCCACUCGCUCCCUCUUCGCCUCGCCGGCGUCAGGGAAGGGCCACCGCCACCAGACACCAUGUCCGCCGACCCGCCAAACCAGCCGGAGCAGAACGGCGACGGGUACGCGUACCUGUCGGGGCUGGGCAACAGCUUCGCCUCGGAGGCCGUCCCGGGGGCGCUACCCGCCAACGGCCACAACAGCCCGCUGCUCUGCCCGCUGGGCCUCUACGCCGAGCAGCUCUCCGGCACCUCCUUCACCACCCCGCGCCACCGCAACCUCAGAACGUGGAUGUACCGGAUCAAGCCGUCGGUGACCCACGACCCCUUCCACCCGCGGGCCCCGCCCAACCCGCGCCUCCUCGCCGACUUCCACGACCCGAACGCCGCCGUCGCCACGCCCACCCAGCUCCGAUGGAGGCCCGCCGACCUGCCGCCCCGCGAUGUGGACCUCGACUUCGUCGACGGCCUCUACACUGUCUGCGGCGCCGGCAGCUCCUUCCUCCGCCACGGAUUCGCAGUCCACAUGUACGCCGCCAACAAGUCAAUGGACGGGUGCGCCUUCUGCAACGCCGACGGCGACUUCCUCAUCGUGCCACAGCAAGGGAAGUUGUUGAUCACAACCGAAUGCGGAAAGAUGCUGGUGCCGCCCGGCGAGAUCGUCGUCAUUCCUCAGGGCUUCCGCUUCGCCGUCGACUUGCCUGACGGGCCUUCGCGCGGCUACGUUUCAGAGAUCUUCGGCGCCCAUUUCCAGCUCCCUGAUCUCGGCCCAAUUGGUGCUAAUGGUUUAGCUUCAGCAAGGGAUUUCCUCUCCCCCACGGCAUGGUUCGAGCAAGCCCACCGCCCUGGAUACGUCAUAGUGCAGAAGUAUGGUGGUGAGCUUUUUACAGCUACGCAGGAUUUCUCGCCGUUUAAUGUGGUCGCCUGGCAUGGAAACUAUGUCCCUUACAAGUACGAUCUGAGCAAGUUUUGUCCGUUUAACACUGUCCUGUUCGAUCACGCUGAUCCCUCAGUAAACACAGUGCUUACUGCUCCAACUGACAAGCCUGGCGUGGCACUGCUUGAUUUCGUGAUAUUCCCGCCACGAUGGCUGGUGGCCGAGAACACGUUCCGACCUCCGUACUACCACCGCAACUGCAUGAGCGAGUUCAUGGGGCUGAUCUACGGCGUGUAUGAGGCUAAAGCCGACGGUUUCCUCCCAGGAGGCGCGAGCCUGCACAGCUGCAUGACGCCGCACGGGCCAGACACCAAGACGUACGAGGCGACCAUCAGCAAGCUUGGCGGACCGGACGCCAACACGCCGAUGAGGCUGAGUGGCACGCUGGCAUUCAUGUUCGAGUCGGCUCUGAUCCCGCGCGUGAGCCGCUGGGCCCUGGAGUCGCCGUCCCGGGACCUCGACUACUACCAGUGCUGGAUCGGGCUCAAAUCCCACUUCUCACACAGCGGCGAUGACGGUGAUGGAGCGGCGACAACCGGUGGCGACGACAAGGAUGGCGAGAAGUAG